GGAAGCAAGCACCGUGUGACGUUCGACAACAACAACAACGGGAAGCAGCUGACGGGCUGAUAAGUAGUAUUUGAAAAGUGACAGAGAACAUGGACUCAUAAAGUUUGCUGCUUUUGUGGUCUGAGACUCGUCGGCGAAGAAGGAAGAUGAGCAUCAACGGAAACUCGCAUAAAGUUCUCCGCGGUGGUGAAUCAGCCGGUUAUUCAGAAUCCAGUGACACUACACCUUUGCUAGGAAUAAAUGGGUUGGUGCAAAGCAGGUCCACGGGAGCAUCUUUUGCCUCCUCUGUGUUUAACCUGAUGAAUGCAAUUAUGGGCAGCGGUAUUUUAGGUCUGGCUUAUGCCAUGGCCAACACAGGAAUUAUCAGCUUCUGCUUUCUGUUGAUGUUGGUGGCCUGUCUGGCAGCAUAUUCCAUCCAUCUCCUUCUGAAACUGUGUGACCAAACAGGUGUCAACUCCUAUGAAGAUCUAGGAGGUAGAGCUUUGCAAAAACCAGGCCAAGUUCUUGUUGGCGUUACUAUCAUCGUCCAAAACAUUGGUGCCAUGUCAUCCUAUUUGUUCAUCCUGAAGUCAGAGCUUCCUGCAGCCAUCAGAAGCUUCCUGAGCCCCGGAGAAGCAGGAAAUGCUUGGUAUGACGAUGGAAGGUUGCUUCUGGUCUUAAUUGCAGUUUGCAUUAUUCUGCCUUUAGCAAUGCUGCCGAGGAUUGGCUUCCUGGGCUACACCAGCAGCAUCUCCUUCUUGUUCAUGCUUUAUUUUGCAGUUGUGGUUGUAGUUAAGAAAUGGUCCAUUCCCUGUCCACUUCCUCAUAACACUACCACCCUCUAUGGGACUUCCAAGAUCUCAAAUGUCUCAGAGAAUGACUGCACACCAAAGCUCUUUGUUGUCUCCAUCAAGAGUGCCUACGCCAUCCCCACCAUGGCCUUCUCCUUUUUGUGCCACACGGCUGUCCUGCCCAUCUACUGCGAGCUGGAACGGCCUACUAAGGCUCGGAUGCAGAAGGUGGCAAACAUCGGCAUUGCCCUCAGCUUCUUUCUGUACUUCAUUUCGUCUCUCUUUGGCUACCUCACCUUCUACAACCAUGUGGGGACAGAGCUCCUGCUCGCUUACAACUCCUACUUGCCUCGGGACAUCUUGGUGUUGACGGUUCGGCUGGCCAUCCUGAUCUCUGUUCUGCUGACUGUACCACUUAUUCAUUUCCCUGCUCGUAAAGCAGUGAUUUCCUUGCUGUAUGGAGACCAGGAGUUCUCCUGGCUCAUCCACGUCAUCUUAACAGUCAUCCUCCUCAGUGUGGUGCUACUGUUGGCCAUUUUUGUGCCGGAUAUCAGCAGUGUGUUCGGAGUUGUUGGAUCGACCACGUCCAGCUGUCUGCUGUUUGUUUUUCCAGGGAUUUUCUACCUGAAGAUCAGCAACCAACCUCGGAGAUCUGUAGACUCAGUUGGGGCCAUUCUUCUUGUGAUCUUUGGUGUCAUCAUGGGAACUGUCAGUCUCUCUGUCAUCAUCGUCACAUUGGUGAAAACCCUUUAAGACACUCAGGUUCAAAUCAAAAGAAACCAAA